UCUCUCUCCGCCGCUGUCGAGCCGCCGAUGCUCAGGCUGACAUCACCCAUACAGCGAUGGCUCCUCGCCUCUUGCCACGGUUCUGACCCGUUACCGAGCGGCCCCCGGGGAUACGGGGGAGCGAACAUGGCCGGCCGUGAGACACUUUACGCGGGGUGGGAGAAGCCCCGGAGAGCCGCGCUGCCGAGCGGCUGAAUUCCACACAACACGAGACUGAAUUGUUCAUCUUCAAAGACUUCGUCAUCCUGUCGGUACUGCUCGUACUGGAACCCACGAGAGAUGAUCACGGAGCUGCUGUGCACCGCCGUGGCCGUGGGUGUGUACGUGAACACGCUGGAUGCCGACUUCUGCUACGACGACAGCCGAGCCAUCAAGACUAACCAGGACCUCCUCCCAGAGACCCCGUGGACCAACAUCCUGUACGACGACUUCUGGGGUACCCUGCUCACCCACAGCGGCAGCCACAAGUCCUUCCGCCCGCUCUGCACCCUCUCAUUCCGCCUCAACUACGCCCUCCAUGGCCUGCAUCCCCGAGGUUACCACCUCCUCAAUGUGGCGCUGCACGGUUUGGUCACAACCGCAUUCACCGCCUUCAGUCGCCCCCUGCUGGGUGGAGGACUGUGGAGUCUGCUGGCCGGUCUCCUGUUCGCCACUCACCCGGUGCACACGGAGGCGGUGGCCGGCGUGGUGGGGAGGGCUGACGUGGGCGCCGCCUUGUUUUUCUUUCUGUCUAUUCUCUGCUACGCGAGGCACUGUGGGCUGCGGGCGACGCUCCAUACCCGACUAGGCUGCCGGGUGUGGAUGCUGGGAAGCCUGUGGGGGGCGACGGCGAGUAUGCUUUGGAAGGAGCAAGGGGUGACAGUGCUGGCCGUGUCGGCCGUCUACGACCUCUUUGUCUUCCACAGGCUCACAUUUCGUCAAGCGCUCCUGCUCCCGCUUGGAAAGAAGAAGAACCCGAAGCUUCUCCAGAGUUUGUGCAUUUUGGCAAGCUGGGGCGUCAUCCUGCUCUCAGCCCGUAUCUACUGGAUGGGCAACAAGCCUCCCAAUUUCUCCAACUCGGACAACCCUGCUGCCGACUCCCCGCAUCUCCUCACUCGGGCGUUGACCUUCCUCCACCUGCCGGCUGCCAACGCCUGGCUGCUCCUCUGCCCGGAUAAGCUCAGUUUCGACUGGUCCAUGGACGCCGUGCCUUUAGUGAGGUCCUUGGUGGACUGGAGGAACCUUCACACGCUCAGCUUUUACGGUGCGUUCCUUCUCCUGGCUUGGUUCGCCUUCCACGGCCCUACCUCUAAAGGAAAGGAUGGGGAAUGUGUCGCCAACGGGAACGGCCACCACGCCCCUGACACGAACCACAACACUGACUUUUGCCCACCAAAGACGACUCUUAAUGGCUCAGGUGGACUUCACAUUGAUCCACCUCGGAUGUCCCUUCCUCCAACAGAAAACCUUGUGAUCUUCUCACUGGCCUUACUAUCGCUACCUUUUAUUCCAGCGUCCAACAUGUUCUUUUACGUGGGUUUCGUCAUUGCGGAGAGGGUUCUGUACAUUCCCAGUGUCGGCUUCUGUUUACUGGUGGCCACCGGUGCAAGAACUUUGUAUGUUAGACUCAAGAGAAGAGGCCACAAGGCCGUGUUGUUGGGUUUUUGUUUGGGGCUGGUGCUCCUGAACGGGCUGAGAACCAUUGAAAGGAACAAGGAUUGGAGCAACGAAGAGAAGCUCUACAGGUCUGGAAUUAGUGUCAACCCUGCAAAAGCUUGGGGCAACUUGGGUAACGUGCUGAAGAGCCAAGGCAAGAUGGCAGGGGCCGAGAAAGCCUACAGAAAUGCCCUACACUACAGGAGCAACAUGGCCGACAUGCUAUACAACCUGGGAUUGCUGCUGCAGGAGAACGAGAGGUUUUCCGAGGCCCUUCACUAUUACAAAAAGGCUAUCGGGAGUCGGCCCACGCUGGCGUGUAAGGAAACACAACGUAGCGUUGCGGCCUACCUGAACACGGGCAUCAUCUUGAUGAACCGGGGCAGCCUGGAAGAGGCCAAAAGGACCUUCAUGACUUGUGCCAACAUUCCUGAUGAGAACCUGAAGGACCCUCACACCCACAAGAGCUCGGUCACCAGCUGCCUGUACAACCUGGGGAAGAUGCUGCACGAGCAGGGCCAGCAGGAGGAGGCCAUUUCUGUUUACAAGGAGGCGGUACAGAGGAUGCCCAGACAGUUUGCACCACACAGCCUCUUCAACAUGAUGGGAGAAGCCUACAUGAGGCUUAACAAGCUGGAGGAGGCAGGCCACUGGUACAAGGAGUCCCUCAGGGCCAAACCGGACCACAUCCCGGCCCACCUCACUUAUGGCAAGCUGCUGUCCGUCAUGGGUCGAACCACAGAGGCAGGAAAAUACUACCUGAGAGCCAUCGAGCUUGACCCCAUGAGUGGAAACUGCUACAUGCACUACGGGCAGUUCCUGCUGGAGCACUCGCGACUCCCCGAGGCGGCGGAGAUGGCGGAGAGAGCGGCCGAGUUGGACAGCUCAGAGUUUGACGUUGUCUUCAGUGCAGCACACAUGCUCAGACAGGCCAGCCUGAACGAGGCGGCGGAGCGGCUGUACCAGCGAGCAGCCGGCCUCAGACCAGACUACCCAGGUGCCCUCAUGAACCUCGGCGCCAUCCUGCACCUGAACGGAAAACUGUCAGAAGCCGAGAGCAACUACCUGAGAGCCUUGGAGCUCAAACCUGAUGACGCCAUCACCCGCUCUAACCUACGCAAGCUGUGGAACAUCAUGGAGAGGCAAGGCCUGGUCACCAGGAAGACGGAAGAACUUCCGUAACAACCUUUUUAGUACUGCAAAGGACGUUUGUGGUCUGCCACAGCGUGGAUCAGCAGAUGACUCAAACCAACGUUGCUCGUUUUAUGAAGUCGUGAAAUCCACUGAAUUUUUAAAAAAAUUUUUAAUGGCGUACCUCAAUGAGGUGUUGAAAUGAAGAAAGUGACUCUGUGGGCUCUCUUAAAAACAACCAUGAAUGCCCGGUAAUUGUGAUGUUUGAUAUGUUACUGAGGUACAGUACACAUAAAAACAACGCAGUUUGUGCAUUUGGACUACAUGUGACUGUAAAAAAAAAAACAGAUCAUGGUGCCAAAGUUUGAACGCCUUUUGUGCCCGCUAAGAAUUCGAAUUAGCUUCUUGCAGAUCUAAUCACACCCACUUAUCUUUGUCCAGGUACAGCUGCAUUCCAAAGUGGGUUAAAGUCAUUUUCCACUUAUUUUUGACACACAAUUUCCUGCAAUGAUCAAGUAGUUAAAGUUGUUUUUGAAUGGUUUGCAAAUUCUUUAACAAUGAAAAACUGAAAUAUUAAACAUGCGUGUACAGUAGCACACAACUGUUACUUUAGGUUCCAGUUGCAUUAAAAAAACGGAUUAAAUUCAUUUUCAACAGCAAAAUAUACACAAAAUAUUGCACAAUAACAAAGUGACAAAAAUGUUUGCAAAAUUUUUCAAAAUGAAAAACUUAAAAAUUAAAUACGCAUACAAUAUCACAGACUUCUUUAGGUUCCUGAAUGUAUUCAAUUGGCUCAAAAUUGGCUAAACGGAAUUAUAAAGUUGAGUAAAUAUUAUUGAAUUGUUUGUAAGUGUGUUAAAAACAAACCUUGUUCAUGUUUAAUAUCAACCAUUACCACACUCCUAACUUCUAAGUUUCAGUUGUGUGUUUCAAGAUGCAUUAAAUACAUUUUUCAAACAAUUCUGCACAACAUAUCACAAAAGUGGCACGUUAAACGAAAAUCACCAUUACUGCGGCUUCAACUAUUUUUAUUUUUUACUGAAUUUGCAAACAAUUACAAAAAAAUGAAAAUAUUUCACACUUUCUCAUUAUGGGUUAUUUUUAGUAGAAUUUUCAGCCAGGAAUUAUUGAUUAAAAUAUUUUGGAAAAUAGCUGUAAGGUAAUAAAAAAUGUGGAUAAAAGUGAGAGGGAAGUGACUUAUGCAAGGCACUGGAUGUUGUUUCUAGUCAUGGAUGUGAUCACAUGUUAAAAUUUAAUUUAUUAAAUAAUGCUGUUUUUGUGGACUUGUGAAAGCCAUCGUCACUUUGGCAAUUGUUGUAGAAACAAGCCAAACUUUUCAAUUUUUAAUGGUAAAUGUGGUCAUGCACAGAGCUGUGUAUAAAGAGAGUAUGGCCAACUCGGUUUCAGGCGAUCUCGUCAUAGAUAUUGUUGCCACAUCUUAAAAAUGAGUGUUUUUUUACGUGAGAAGAAAUAAAAGUAAUAUAAUGUAUAUAUUUUGUGUAAUAUCUUUGGAAGGGUUACAGUCUUUUUAUGGCUGUCAAGUAGAAGAGGCAUGGACAUCAGCGUGGAUCGACCUUAGCUUUACUCUUUAACUCACUUGUCCUUAAACAAUCGCUAUUUCUUAGAAAUCAAAAUACAUAUUCAUAUGUCACGCACCAGUGAUGCACUGAAAAUUUGGCAGUCGAAAACAGACUUUACUCACCGGAACCGAAUGUUGUGACAAAGUAUCCACUGAUGUGGCGGGCUGCGUCUUUCCCCCGAGUACACAAAUGACGUAGCUCGCCCAAAGCUGACAAAAAAAGUCCAGACGGCUUGCGUUUAGACUUAAUUCACAUUUGAAAAGAUCAGAUUCCAAUCGGAUUUGGACUUCCGCCUGAAUCUAAUGCGAAAAGAUCAGAUUUGAAGUACUUUGAAGCAUUUAGACUGGCAAGAAAAAUCAGAUCUGUCCUUUGAGGGCAAAACAAUCAGAUUUGGUGUGCAGUGUAUUUGGGGGCAAAUAUGAGAAAAUGAACUGAAAAUCUCAUUAAAAAAUACAACAUGAAGUGGCAAGAAAUGCGUCAAUAAUGAAUGAGGCAAAAUACGUUCUGGACAAAAAAAUCACUCCAUAUUCUCUACUGCUCGCCAGUGUUACUAUGUAUGAGUUAUUGUGCAAAAAUAUGAGGAAAUAACUACAAAAGUACACGUAUUCACUUCGCAUGUUACCAAAAAGAAAGAUCAGUCAGUAAUACAUGAGUGACACAUACAUUGGAGGCAGACACCACAUACUUCAUACAAAAGUCACAAUUUUUCCGUGACUGUUCCUCCAAAGCUCGUAACGAUUUUGGCAAAAUGAGGGUAUCAAGUUAUUUCUUUGGCCGUAUUUUCUAUUUUAUUUUUUUUUAUUUUUUUUGCGCCGUCAGGUGCGUGUUAAAGUGCUUGCUGGUCACGAAACACUGCAGGAAUGUAGCAGCGCAGUGCGUCAAAUAGGGCCGCAAAAUUAUACUUUCACGAAAUAAAAGCACGUUUUUUUGUUACGUUUAUGAGCUGGACUAUAUUAGAACUAUGCAUAUAUUAUUUUGGUGUAUUUCGUCAGACGAACUAACAUCAAAACUACAGCAAUUGCAUGCAUCUGGGCACAGCCGCACACGUCCUUGGUAGCAGUCAUGGCGCCUGUAGUUUAGUUGGCCAUACUCUCCUUAUAGACGACACUGGCCAUGUAUUGGUUACAACGACCUCUUGUGCUCAGAAGUUGAAACUACACACUAAUGUUUAAGUCUAAGCAAGAUUUUAGCAGGUGUCAAUACUUAUUGGAAAAAAGGACUGUCCGUCAUUCAGGAAUGUUCUGUACAAAAAACGUUACAUUAGACGUCUUUCAUGAUUUGUGCUGUUUAAAUUAUAGUUCUUAUGUGUUUUGUAGAAACCCUUUUCAUCCAGAAUAAAAAUAAA